AUGAAGUUCUGCGCCGGCUCCUGCCCCCACAACCACAAGCCGGCCAGCAUGCAUGCCCAGAUCAAAGCCCGGCUGCACACCCUGUCCAAGGAGAUGCCGUCCCCCUGCUGCGUGCCCGCCGGCUACGACCCCAUGGUGCUCAUGCACUACAGCAGCGACGGGAGGAUCGUCUCCACGCUCUUCGAGGACAUGAUCGUCACCAGGUGCCACUGCAGCCCUGACCCACAGGGAACCCCUGUGGGGAGUGGGGUGCUGUGGGGGGUGGAGCACUGCAGGGGUUUGUGCCCACAGGCCCUGUCUGAUGCUGCUGCGUUUCCAACUGGGGCCCCCUGUCCAGACCCGGCUCAGGUGGCCUGCCCCUCUCUCUUGCAGAUCCGAUGGGAGAAGAACAUCACGCUGGGGGAGCCCCCGGGAUUCCUGCACUCCUGGUGGUGUGUGUUCUGGGACCUGUACUGCGCGGCGCCUGACCGCCGGGAGACCUGUGAGCACUCCAGUGAAGCCAAGGCCUUUCAUGACUACAGCGCCGCGGCCGCCCCCAGCCCCGUGAUGGGGAACAUGCCCCCCAACGACGGCAUGCCAGGAGGAACCAUGCCACCCGGCUUCUUUCAGGUAUCCCGCCCCGCGGCGCGGCUGGCUGGGAGCCCCUCCCUGCGGAUGGCGAGCUUCGGAGGGCAGAGCGCCGCGGCCGCCCCCAGCCCCGUGAUGGGGAACAUGCCCCCCAACGACGGCAUGCCAGGAGGAACCAUGCCACCCGGCUUCUUUCAGGGCCCUCCGGGAAGUGGUGGCCCUCCAGGGACCCCCAUCAUGCCCAGCCCAGGAGACUCCACGAACUCCAGCGAGAACAUGUACACCAUCCUCUCUCCUGCUCUGUGGGGCGGGCAGCUCGGUGCCCUCUGA